AUGGCAGGAAUAGAUGAUCGACCACGCGUGCUACUGAGGUUCGCAGAUCAAGUUGAAGAUGCCGCCAGCGGCCUUCACAAGUUCAAGGAAGACUUACCACGAGAGGCGACCAAGAUUACUGCCUACGUUAGUGAGCUGUUCGCCAUCAGCUCAGUACUGCGAUCAAUAUGCAGCGACGACAAUGCACGUCACCAUGGACCAAGCUACUACAGAAUCGACAAAGACCUUGCUUUGCUAUUUCGGAGCCUGCAGGCGACACUCAAUGAGAUCUUUGGCAUGUUUGCUAGAUCCUACGAUAGACCGUCUCACAUGAUAUGGGAAGACCUACAGCACCGCUUCGACAUUGAAGAAGGCUUCAAGCUACAGGAACGACUAGAGUGGUACCGCGACUUCCUGGAGUAUCAGAUCAAAGUCCUGGAAGGACGGCGACCAUCCAAGCUGAGAGAUCUCAAGGACGAUCUCAUCGACCUGUCACGCGCACAGCAGAACGCACCCCACAGAGCAGAGCCUGCCCCAAUGUCUGGAGCCAACACGCCACGGCCACAGCGACCUGUUCGCCCUCCCUACCCUCGGAUGGACACCCCCAGUACCAACACCGUCCUGUCCGACGACUGGGGCAUGUGGGAGGAACUUGAUCGACCGCCAGUAGCGGUUCCUGAACCACCCCUUCAAAUGCCGGCAUCCCCGACCUUCACGUCGGGCUCAUCAGAGAGCAUGUACUCCAGCCAGACUUCAUACUUCAGCGAUGGAAUGUACUCUCCACCAACCCCAGAACGCCUGAUACACUGGGCCCAGAAAGUCUUCGAUGGGUCCAGCCCUCUUACGCCGUACAGGAAUGGUGUCCAGCUGGAAGAUCGAUCUGCCUGCUUUGGCCCAUCUGACCCAGCUGCACUGCAGAACCUGGUCCGAGACGGCUUUCAGCGUGCAAUGCAGAUCGUCUUUGACGAGGACCGCUUGUGGGUACGUCUCUGCUGGAGACCUUCCGACCAUCGUGCUAGGAUCCUUAUCAUGGCGAGGGAUCGGGCUGGACAGCAGCUACACUUCUGUACGCCGUUGACGAACCUCAAAGUCAUUCGCAAUGGCUCUUGUCUGCAGCUAUGUCGUGCACGUCGCGGCGAUGGGAAGUAUGCGCUCUGGGCACGCCUAAAUUUCCUCUUCCACGAGCGCAUGGCUCUGUUCUACAAUACCUUCGUGGCCAUGAAACGUCAGGACGAACGAGGCGUCGACUCCGAGAACCUUGAGGAUGAUUUCGAGCUCGAGAACGAUGAAGCUGGUGAGAAAUGUCUGUUCGCCGGACAAAUCCAGCAUGGGGAGAUGCUCCACGCUCUUCGACUAUUCCGAGACCGAGGAAGUGGUGUCGUUAGGCUAGAAGCCAGCCCAUUGAGGGGUCCAAGAAGGGAUGUUCCAAUCUGGACGGCGUUUGUCACGAAGUACAAGCAUGAUCCGGACCAUUGCGAGUACGCACCAGGACGGCCCGUUCAUAUCGCUGCGAUUAAGCCGCCGCCGUCAGUUUUCAUUGCGAAAUAUCAGCCGCCACAGAAUAGGAUGGGCUAUUUCUUGCCAUUUACGAGUGACGAAGAUUCGAGGAUGUUUAUGGAAACUUGGGCAGGCUUGUCCCGAUUACGAUGA